AAGAUACAAGGAAGAAAACCUUUCUGUGUGAUGGUAGAGUUUUAAUUCUUAGCUCAGACAUGAACACAAUAGCAACAAGUAUUAGCUUGAAGGUUGACGGACAAUUGUUUGAGCUACAGGUGAUGGAGGAAGAAUGGAGAGUUGAUCCUGACUGGUGGUUGUUUGAUGACGACCAGCAAAGUGAGAUAGGGACAAAAUUAGGAUUUCUCUUUGAGCAGGAUUGCUACGGAGAAGAUGGAAUCAAAGAUGGCAAGAUUGGUGGUGGAUAUGGGGAUAGUAUUGAUGAUACACAAUCAAUAACGGAUGAUGAAUUGACAGAGAAUUCAGUGGAGGGAGUUGCAAAUUUGAAUUUUGAAAUAUUAAACCAAGUGAAAGGAGAUGGAGAUGAUGGGCCUGUGAGUGCAAUUGGGCUUGGGGAUUCAAGGCGUGAUGGGCUAGAGAUGGGUUUCAAGGAACCAAAUCAGAAAGGAGUAAAAGAUAAGGAAAAUGUGUUGAAUGAGGAAUUGGCAAUGGAAUUUCCUUCAGUAAAAGGACAAGGAAAGCGAAAGCACAGUGGGUCACAGCAAAGACAAAGCAGUGAACAGAGAGGAGGGCAAAGGAAUAGAGUGAUACAGCGCGAGAUGAAUCUUCAAGAGGGGUUUAGGAGGAAGGUUGAAAAGAAAGGAAGUUGGGAAAUUGUUGAGGAAGGAGCCGUUGCAAAAGGAAUCGGAUGGUGCUACAGGAGACAGAAAAAGGUAAAAUUGUGGAAGGAGCUUAGUCGGAUGAUUGUAGAGGAGGGUGGCCGGUGGAUGAUUGCUAGGGAUUUUAACGCAGUUCGUUGUGUGGAAGAAAGAAAAGGCUUGGUAGAUGUCAGUUUAACAAAUCAAAGAUUUACAUGGUAUCGACCGGACGGGACUUCCAUGAGCAGGAUCGACAGAGUACUUAUGACUAUUGAGAUGAGUAAUAUGGGUAGCAAUUGGGUACAACAGCGUAUUCAAAGGUCUAUUUCAGAUCAUUGUGCCAUCAUUAUGACAUCGAGGAGCGUAGAUUGGGGUCCAAAACUAUUUUGUGUGUUAGAUGUUUGGCAGCAACGUCUUGAAUUCAAAGAUUUGGUGAACAAGAGCUGGAAUGAGUUGAAGGUUGAAGGAGAUGCAGGUUAUAGAUGCAAACAGAAACUGAAGAGUUUAAAAGGUAUAUUAAAGAGAUGGAACAUAGAGGUGUUUUGCGAUGUAGAAGAGCAAUUUCAAAGGUUCGGUUUUGGGGUGAAGUGGAGAGGAUGGAUUAUGGAGUGUUUAUCAACUGCAACAGUAUCAGUUUUAGUAAAUGGUAGUCCAACAAAAGAGUUUCAAGUAAGGAAAGGGUUGAGACAAGGAGAUCCAUUAUCUCCUUUUCUUUUCCUAAUGGUUGGUGAAAGAUUACAUGGAAUUGUCAAACAAGCAGAAAUUGAGGGAUUGCUUAUUGGGGCUAAUCCAGGGACAAGAAGGAUAUGGGAACCAGUUGUUAACAGAGUUUGGUCCGAACUCGCUGCUUGGAAAAAUGCCAUCUUGUCCUUUAGAGGUCGCCUUACUCUGCUAAACUCGGUAGCGAGACCAAGGAUACGGGAAACCAAGGGGAGUGCCGAGCUAAAAGGCUAGCCAUUUGUAUUUUGGACUUAGAUUAUUUUGGAGUUAGGUCGCUAGUCCAAUAUAUAUUUUUUGGACAUAGAUAUUGGAAGAUAGAUCAUUCUUUUGUAGACUAAAUCCCCUUGGAGAUAGUCAUGACCUUGUUGAUUGAGUUGUAUAAUUUUUGUGCACUUUUGGCCUAGUCAAACUUUGGUUAUUGAAUGUUUGAUUUUACUUGAAAUUUGGAUCUCAGUUUAUGUGGAUUGCUAGUUAUGAAUUAAGUAGGUUUUGAGCU